UCGUUCGUCAUUACAUUGUGCUGCUUACAAUGGCUCAGUCGGUUGCUGCUCUGAGCUCAUUAAUGCUAAUGCUUUCAUUAAUCAAACUGAUAAAGAUGGCGUCACUCCUCUACACUGGGCCUGUGCUGGAGGCAGCAGUGACUGUGUUCAGUUUCUACUAAGCAAAGGAGCUAACCCAAAUGCAAUGGAUAGCUCAGAGCAACUGACUCCAUUGGAUUAUGCUAUACUUGAGAAUCACCAGGAGCUAGCACAAGCUCUUAUAAUCAAUGGAGCUCUGACUAUUGCCAGUAUACAAGAGCUGGCAGCCAUUAUGAUUCAGAAGGUCGUACGGGGGUACUUGGCAAGGAAAAGGUUCAAGUUGCUUCACGCAGAGAAGGUGAAGGGAGAGGUAAAGGUGGAGGAGACAGGAGGGACAGAAACUGAAGCAACUGAUGCUGUUUCUAGUCGACCUGAUUCUAGUCAUAGGAGGAGUCUUGAACUUCAAGUUGCUGAAUCAGAGAGACAAGCUAAGGAAUGGGCAUUAAGAAGCCCAUCAACUAGGGCACUUCAGAGUCAACUAGCUAGAAAGGACAGACAAAGGAUGACACUUCAUCGUAAGAAGACACAUGCUGCACUAGUUAUACAAUAUGCCUGGAGGAAAUACAAAAGAAGGAAGCAUUAUCUUGAGAUUGAGGAUGCCAAAAGGAAAGCUAGACAAAGACUAGGAUUAGACCAUUGGAGGAAAGAGAUAGCUGCAUUAGUUAUACAACUAGCAUGGAGACAGUAUCAAAGAAAACAAGUACUAAAACUAGCAAAUAAGAGAAGAAGAAUACUACAUCAAUGGACACCAAGGUAUGGUACUAGUAUUAACAGAAAUGUGUAGCAUGUAAUCAUACAUAUAACAUUUAACUUUUCUUAUUUUACAGUGUUCUUGCUGCAAAACAGAGAUUACUAGUGGAAAAAGUUUAUGGUCAAGAACUAAAGACUAGUCAGUAUCACCCUCCUAAACCACGCCCCAUGGUACGGCCAGCUUACCUUCAACUAGUUGCAUCUCCUGCUGCUACUUCUUUUAAUUUUGCUGUGAACCAGUAUCAGACUUCAUUCUCUCCUCAGUCAAGAGUCUUUUAGAUUAAUGAUAAUAAUGAUUGUGUAAACUGCUUGUGUAUGUAUUACCCCUUCACCUUUUACUGUCUGUUCUUCAAAUUAUUAGCAGCUCAAUUAAAAUGUAUUACUAUGAUUAUUUUUUUUCCUCUUAUUCUCAUGCAUAAAAACUCAUUGUGACGUUACAAAAAAAUAAAGAAAAUAUGUUUCUCUACUAGUGUUUGUGCCAGUUUCAA